AUGGAGGGAGAGAGCUCCCGUCGGGCCGACAUCCACGCCGCGUCCGAGCCCGAUCCGCAGCGGGCUCCGACUGCGUCCGCCGGCCGGAUCCGCUCGCGGCCCGACAGUUUUCUGAUAGCUUGUCGAUGCUUUAGCUUCAUAACCUCUCUGGCUGGCAUUCUCUGCAUCGCUGUUAAUGUUCUCUCAGCUGUUCGAUCUUUCAAAAACGGAUCCGAUAUAUUUGACGGAAUAUUCCGGUGCUACGCGGUGGUCAUAGCCGUGUUUGUGGUGGUCGCGGAGACUGAGUGGGGAGUUGUUAUGAAGUUCUCAAAGGUUCUGGAAUAUUGGGCAGGCAGGGGAAUGCUGCAGAUCUUUGUUGCAGUCAUGACAAGAGCUUAUCCGGAGUAUUUAAGAAACCGCCAAGAGCUUUUCCUUCUGCAAAGCAUUGCAAGCUACCUUCUUCUUGCAUGUGGUGUAGUUUAUGUGAUAUCAGGAAUAUUGUGCAUUGGUGCCGUCAAGCGUGCUCGACAGAAAAGAGAACUGUCCAGGGACCAAGCAAUAAAGGACCUCGAGGAUCUUGAGCGACGUAGAGAAGAACUCGAGUCAUUGUUGCUCCAGGAACAUGUUUGA